ACUGGCCUGCAGGGAACUGGCCUGCAACCCAGGCAUGUGCCCUGACUGGGAAUCAAACCGCGAUUGUCUGGUUCGCAGGCCUGAGCUCAAUCCACUGAGCUACACCAGCCAGGGCUCAAACUCUCUUUUUCUAAUUUGGCUUUGGUUCUCUUGCCCUGCCCAUACUUGACCGUCUUGCCUUGGAGACCUCUUUCUGUCUCAUUUACUGCAGAGGUGGCCACUGGUCUCCGGGCAUGUCCGUUUGUGGUGCUGAGCGUCUGAGAGACCAUGGAAUUGGUGACAUCAUUUCCACAUAUUAGAACCCUUCACGAAGCAAACUCCAGCUCCAGAAUGGGCACCAACAGUUCCUGAAUCCGUGUAUAUAGUUGGGGGGGAAGUCUAUUCUGCAAUCAUCCCUUACUUUUUACUCUUGUAAACUGAACUAAUUUCAAUUCCUUUUUCCUUAGAGAUGUUAGCCAUGUAUGGAUCCUUCGUUUUAGUUAGGACCUAUCAAAAUGCUUAGAAUAAAACAGUGAGAAAUGUUUUUAGUAUUGCAAUACGCUUGCCUAAGGCAGGAGAGAGCAACGACAGCCCUCAGGCCAAAUGCAGCCAGUGGCCUCUUUGUGUACAGAGGGUUCUACAUUUUUAAAGGUUAGUGGGUUGGGUUGAAAAAACAGUCUGUCCUGACCCAUGUGGCUCCGUUGGUGGGGUGUCACCCCACCAAGUGAAAGGUCACUGGUUCGAUUCCAGGUCAGGGCACACACCUCAACUGCGGAUUUAAUCCCUGGUCGAGCUGUUUCUCUGUCAUGUUUGUGUUUCUCCCCUCCCCUUUCUCUCUCCCUUACCCUCUCUCUAAAAAAUAAAGACUUUUUUUUAAUCUUAAAAAAACUAACAAACAGAGUUUAUGAAAUACAGAUGAUGUGUCCCAUUAAAUUUUACAAUAUCUACUAUCUGGCCCUUUACAAAAAGAGUUUGCUGAUAUCUAGCUUGGGUUAGAAUCAUAUGCUAAAGUGUAAAGCCUUGUAUCUGGAGCAGCUUGUACCUCUUUGAACUUUAAACAUGAACUCUUAAUGGGGACUGCUUGCUGUUCAAGGGUGAAUUAUACUGUAAUUUAUUCCCAUUAAGUAUUUAGUUGAUUAGAUCUUUUUCUAGUGAUUCUCAGUUCUGGCUGCAUUUUUAAAUCAUCCGGAGAGCUUUAAAAAAGACUGCAGCCUAGGCCCUGCAUCAAAGGUCCCGACUUCACUGAUCUGAAAGGGGAGCCUGGGCUUACGUGUGUCUUACAUGUUCUGUAGGUGGUUCUAAUUGUUCAGGCACAUCUGAGAGCCACAGGCCUACACCCCUGGAAGGUUUGCUCAUGGACUGACAAUUAGACCACAUUCUUAGGCAGUUUUUAUUCACAUUUUUCAUUAGAAAUGUAAUAAAGAUGCAUCAUACAAAUUGCUCUUUAAUUUCAAGACAGAAGUGUUGCUCAGGGAAAUUUUAACUGAGACCAUUUUUAAAUGUGAAGAGCAUAGGAAACAGAUCAUGCAGAGCCCAGAGAGAUAGAAUUUUAAAAGACAGGCACUGAAAGGAGCAUGCUGCUGGGGGGAAAAAAAAGAAAGAAAAAGAAACCACUCAGAAUUUCAAUACACAAAUCACUGAGUAGAUUUCUUGCUGUCUGGGUAAAUGUAUCUAUUUUCAAAAGUGCUAUUAACAUAAACAGGGCAGUAAAUCUGGGGCACCAGGCUUUUUUUUUUUUCUCAAAGUUGUUAAGAAGAAUUAUAUCAGUCUGCAGGUGUCACACGCAGUUACUCAGAAUCAGAAAGAAGGCUGAUUGGAGCAAGUGCGGAGGCAAGACACAUCAAAGCAGAGAUGGGAAGUGAAAGAGCCCUCGUUCUGGACAGAUUAGCAAGCAAUGUGGCAAAACGAAAAAGCUCAAUGCCUCAGAAAUUCAUUGGUGAGAAGCGCCACUGCUUUGACGUCGGCUAUAAUCCCAGCUAUAUGUACGAGAAAGAGAGUGAGAUAAUCCAGACGCGGAUGAUGGACCAGGCCAUCAAUAACGCCAUCAGCUAUCUCGGCGCCGAGGCCCUGCGCCCCUUGGUCCAGACGCCGCCCGCUCCCACCUCGGAGAUGGUUCCAGUCAUCAGCAGCAUGUACCCCAUAGCCCUCACCCGCGCCGAGAUGCCCAAUGGUGCCCCCCAGGACCUGGAGAAGAAGAACGUGCUCCUGCCGGAAAAGAGCCUGCCCUCCGAGCGAGGCCUCUCCCCCAACAACAGUGGCCACGACUCCACGGACACUGACAGCAACCACGAGGAACGCCAGAACCACAUCUACCAGCAAAACCACCUGGUCCCCCCAAGGGCUCGCAACGGGAUGCCGCUGCUGAAGGAGGUGCCACGCCCCUACGAACUCCUCAAGCCCCCGCCCAUCUGCCCGCGAGACUCCAUCAAAGUGAUCAACAAGGAAGGGGAGGUGAUGGACGUGUACCGGUGUGACCACUGUCGCGUCCUCUUCCUGGAUUACGUGAUGUUCACCAUCCACAUGGGCUGCCACGGCUUCCGCGACCCUUUCGAGUGUAACAUGUGCGGGCACCGAAGCCACGACCGGUACGAGUUCUCGUCGCACAUAGCCAGGGGGGAGCACAGGGCUGCGCUCAAGUGAGAGCGGGCCUGCCGCCGGAGGUGUGCGCCUGCGCGUUCAACACCAUCUUUAAAAAAUGGUCCGCCCGCCUAGCGAAUCACUAUCAAAACCAGGCCAUUUCCAGCCUCCUUUUUACACCACUUUUAGUAUCCAAAUGGUUCACGAUGGCCAGAGAGGAAUGUCUCCAUUCAAAAGUUGUUUGUAGAUAAUACCAUGUUACUACUUUUGUGAAACUCUUGUUUUCCCAUUAGUGCCUUAAACUCAAUGCCAUUUAAAAGCCAAUGAAGUAUUUGGUCACUGUUUUCUGCAUCGAUAGAGCAAGCUUGCCUUGGAGUUUGUUGCUAGUCCCAAAGAGUCCUCCCGUGGUGCUGCCUGAGACACUCUUUCUGAGCUAUGUCAGCCAUACAUGCAAAAAGCCUUUUGGUCCCGAGCCACACAGAGGAGUUGACCACCAGCCUUGCCCGAAAGCCCUGUCCUUCUGCACUUAACACAGGGCUGAAGGGUUAGGAUCUAACCUUUCUGUCCCAAUUAGAGUUUGAUAGCAAGGAAAAGACUGGCCAUAAAAUAAAUCUGUUAUCAAUAACUGAAGAUUCAAUCUUGGAGCACCACAUUGAUUUCUUUAUCACAUAAGCAAAAAAACAAAAAACAAAAACAAAUCAUCUGGUCAUCAUCUGCCUCUACUCUUCACUCUUGCAUCUCCCAUUGAAAGCUGCUUUGGGGCAAGGCAGUCUUCUAGGGGAGAAACUCUGUACCAGAAACACUGAUGGUUUGCAGUACAGACAGACCGCCCUCGAAACUCGAGGGAGUUGCCCACCGUGAGCCAUGGCAUCUGUUUCCUGUCAUCAGACCGGCAGUGCUGGGCCCUGAGGAGGAAGACGGCUCAGCAGCACCACCAGUGGAGAGAAAGCCAAACGCCUCCUGAAGCUCCUGGGCUCCUUCAUGAAGUGUGCAGAUCCAAAGCACACUUGGCAACCAUUAAAAAAAAAAAGACUCCAGAGGGGAGGACUCAGGAAUAGACAGCAUGAGCGAUAGCUCAGAGCCAAGCUUCACCACGGGGUGAAGAGGGGCACCUCUGCUGGCAGGUCCUUCAUCCGGCGGGAGGUGGAGGGGCCUUUCUCCACGUUUUAAAUGAUGCUGCGGUGUUGCACCAAGAUACCUGGAGGUCUGCUUGGGACAGUGGGGAGAUGGGAUAGUGGGGAAUCAUAACCCACCCCACCAGUCUUUCAACGUUGUUUCUGUAAACGCUGACUCUGACUAAUACAUAGCUUGUAGAUAAAUAGUAUGUUUGUAUAGGAAUCCUAGGAACUAACUUCAAUAGAUACAGCCUCCAGCCUUCAGGCAUCCCAGUUCUGCCAGACGUGCUGACCUUCAACCAUGGAGCCAGGAUGACACAGCCUAGACCUUCACUUGCCUUAUCUCAAUGGCCCCUGCUCAUCUGCACACAGAGAACUUCGCAACCCCCUCCCUUGAUCUCCUUGUCCUGCUUCCCCUCACCCUCCUUAUAAAAACCUCUGCCUGUGCCGAGAGGUUGACAUGGGCUUUGAGACAAGAGUCCCCCAUCUUCCAGGGUGCCUGCCAGCACCUGAAAAUGAGCCACUUUCCUUUACAUCAGCACCUGUCUGUCUAGUAUUAACCUGACCUGUGUUUGGUUAUGAUCUUGGUUCUGCAGAUGGUUCUGGCCAUCUUUAUCCUUAAUUAUGGGAGGCAUGCUCUCAAAAAAAAAAAAACAACUCUGUGAUUAACUGUAAAGUGAGCACUGGAAUGAAUAGGGGUCACAAAAUCCUUUUGUUAAUUCCAUGUUUGCUCCUCAUUAGCUGUAGGACUUUGGGCAAAUCACUUAACCCUUAAAACUAAGUCUCCUUAACCUUUGAAUAAGAGUUGGAUUUAGACAUGCUCUAAGGUCCCUUCCAACUCUAAAUGUAUGUAAUUAUGCAGUAGCUAGCUGUUUCUUAAAGCUCUUGAGGUAUGGGUAUUAAAUACCCAUGAACAUUUGAAAAAGUAAGCAUUUAUGCAGCAUUAAGUACUAAGCAGAAGACUCUGUAUAUGAAUAUGUGUUUCACAUAUCUUUGGUGUGAAAAUAGUAGUGUUAAGUUUUUCCUUUAACCACCGAGUUGUGAAUGUGAAGAGGACGGUGGAGAGGAACAAAAAACAGGAAGGUAUUUUGAUCUUCCCCAAAGUGUAUAUACAAACCAGCACCUGCAGCUGCUUGCCAACGCCUCCCCCCACCCCCCCACCCCCCCCACCCCACCCCUGCUCCGUGAGAGCGAGUGUUCUGGAAAAUAAGUUCUGCUUCCAGGGGCAGCUUCAUGGAGCCUAUUUACAAAUUAAGGGUCAGCUUCGUGAGCAUUUCUACCGGGGAGCCCAGAAUCCCUAAUUCCUUGCUAGAUCAGCGUUUUAUGUGUUUGCCUUGAUGUUUCGAAAGGGUUUAUGCACUAGGCUCCAACUCGUUUAUGUAAUUAAAAUGUUCCACCUCAGACUGCACAAAUGGCUUAUCCCUCUUUGUAGCAUGGCGUCUGUCUCAGGAAAAAAAGAUUGUGUGAAAUUCCAUGGCAACAGUCCCAACAGGCUGGAGAUUUCAGCUGAAAGACUAGAUGUAUUUCGGGUGUAGUCUUCAAUGUAUCACUGUGUUUCCAUAAUCCUAGACUCCAGGCUGCAGCCAGGUUCCUUAUAACCCACUGUGAAAGAGGAGCUGCUUAUUAUAUUCUGGAAAUAUCAUGCAUCCUGUUGACUCUUCAGGGGACAAAAGAAUGAGGGUUGGGAAGCAAGGAUUAGCAGGAAAGAAAGCCAGGGAAAGUGAGCGUUUCCGCCCAAUUAGCGGGCAAGGCUUCACUGAAGGCAUCAACUUUUGAACCUGAAGGUAAUGAAACUAAGGCCCAUCCCACCCACCUGGAGAUGUUGUUUUGUCGAUAUGACCCUUAUUUUUCCUGUGACUAAUGGGUUUUCUGAAUGAUUUACAAAGGCUGCACUUUCACUGCAGGAUUCUGAGCCUAGUGGGGGGCGCAUCCAGUCAAGAGAAAAUUCGUGUGUGGAAACUCCACAUUCUUCAAUCUUCAAGCUAAACUAGACGGUACCUAGUGGUUACCACCACGCAGGUAAACACUGCCUUCUGUAGGCACUGCUUAUACCAACUAAUGACCCCCACCCUCCUCUUCUGGGGCCGGGGGAAGAGGGUAAGGGAGAAUCUUAGCAGAUGCUCAGAGAAAAGGGCAAGGCUGGUUCAGGACUCCCAUCUGACCCUGUUGGACAGGGUUCAAUCCCUGGUCGGGGCACUUGAAAGAACCCCUGAACGCAUAAGUAAGUGGAACAACAAAUUGAUGUUCCUCCCCCUCCCUCCUCUCUCUCUCUCUCCCCUCCCAUCCUACCCCCCUUCCUCUCGCUCUCAAAUCAAUCAAUACUUUUUUUAAAUAAAAAAUAGCCCCUGGCUGGUGUGGCUUGGUUGGUUGGAGCAUCAUCAGUGCACUGACAGUUUUCAGGUUCGAUUCCCGGCCAGGGCCCAUACCUACGUUAGGCGUUCUGUUCCCAGUCAGGGCGUGUGUGGGAGGUAGCCAGUCAAUAUUUUCUCUCUCGAAUCGAUGUUGCUCUCUCUCUCUCUCCCUUUCUCUCUAAAAGCAAUGAAAAACAAAGUGUCCUCUGGGCAAGAUUUUUAAAAUUUUUAUAAACUUUAUUUUUUUUUAAGUUUUAAGUAAAUAAACAAAUACUGAACUUAACAUUUUGCUAGGAGGCCCAAGCUCAGUUUGGCCCAGAUAUAAAAUGACCUCAGGGGUUUUUUUGGGGGGGGUGUUGCAAAGAGAAAUUCUUAUAAACAAAAUGGUACUGAGUUGAAAUACUGUAUUAUUAACAAAGCAUAGUUUCCCCCAUUAGCCUCUGUAUCACUAUCCUUAUUCUUCUCUGCUAAAUGUGAGCUUUAGAAUGUUUUAAGAGGGGAAGGCAGUACUUUUGAUACAUAUGCCAGGCUGGGCAGUAAGGCCGUCAAACGUUCAAUCUUUUAAAAAGUCCUUAACUUUUACAGACUGUCCCACUGGGAGCAGGUGUCUCGAUCUCUAGUGGAGAUUUGAAAACUCAGGGAAGCUCAGGAGUCGAGCCCUCGGACAGACGAGGCUAAUCUCCUUCACAAAGACUCAGAAUCAGGACUCGUGAGCUCUAGAAGAGUAAACAAGUCGGGGGAUGAAAAUCAUGGCCCUUCACACAGCAUCAGGCUGUGAAGCAGAUAAGAGGCAUACGAUGAUACAUCUUUUUAAAAAUUUUUAUUGAAUUUACUCGGGUUGCAUUUGUUAAUAAAAUUAUAUAGGUUUUAGGUGUACAGUUCUAUAAUACACCAUCUGUAUGUUGUACUGAGUGUUCACCACCCAAAGUCAUCCCCACCCCACCCCCUUUGCCCUCUCCGACCUCCCCCUGCCCACCCGCCUUGCCCUCUGCCAAUCGCUGUACGUUUGUCCGCAUCUAUGAUACGGUGAUAGCUCUUCUCUCUUAAAGAAUUGGGAGCUAUUUUUGUGCUCAGACAGAAAGCAUAGUUCAGCAUCUAUAUUCAGAAUUCAGAAAAAACAAUGCUUAGAGAUUUAAGUGCCUAUAAAGAGGACCAUUAUGACCUGACACCACAGGCUAGACUUGGGCCAGCCCAGGGGAGGGACUCUGUUUUCUAAAGCAAAAGGACCACACUGUGAUCAGUGAACUCAGAGUUGGGGGCUGCUGCCUCUAAGGACUGUGGACCCGGAGGGAGUUGUAGGUAUAACAUGUGUGAGCUCAUAGCCCGAGACUGUUUAUCCGAGCUGUAUAUAGUCUGUACCUCACGUACCAUCAAUCUGCUAAACAAUGGUUUGUGCUCAGAAGAAACUGAAUACAAGUUUCUUCUAAGCACAUGAUACUGGGCUGAAUACAAGUUUCCUAUAAGUACAUUAUAUUGGGCUGUCUUAUACGUUGCUAUUGAGUUAUUUGACCUUGGAAUGUUAAUAUUUUGAUUUAAAAUAUUUGAUUAAUAGGUCCUGCAAACCAGAGGGUUGCAGUUCGAUUCCCAGUCAGGGCCCAUGCCUGGGUUGCAGGCCAGCUCCCAGCAGGGGAUGCACGAGAGGCAACCACACAUUGAUAUUUCUCUCCCUCUCUCCUUCCCUUCCCCUUUAAAGAUAAAUAAAUAAUUAAUUAAAAUGUUUUUUUAAAUAUUUGAUUAAUAAAUAAAAGGAUGUUAUGCGGUUUUAUCUAA